AUGCAGCGACGCGUUGUGCUGGGGCUGCUCCUACUGGCGCUCGUGCGUGCGCAGACGCCGUCGUCGUCGUCGUCGUCGACGCCGCUCAUCGUCGGUCCUGGUCUCUUUGGUCUAAUACUCGUCUUUCUCUUCCUCUGCGGGUACUCGUCGGCGCAUCGCUGCGGCCUCUUCGUGCUGAUUGCCUCCAUUAUCGCAUCGACCGUCGUCUUCUUCCUCACAGUCAAGGUCACGGCGCCAGGCCAAGCGAGUGUGCACCGCCAGGAGUACAACAACAAGGGCGUGACGAGAGCGUUUGUGCGCGCCGUCUUGAUCGCGUCGGCCGUCGUCGCGCUGCUCUCCGUUUUUCUGACGCACGUCGUCUCGCCGCGCCACGCGCGACGGCUUGGCGAGUGGCUUCCCCAGCGCGCUCGGCCCCGUCAGUUCUGA